GAAAGUUUUAUGGCUUGUCGUAAACCGUUAUAACUAGUUCGAAAAACCUCGGAUCAUGUUUCUUUUAUGAUUAUCAUGGCUACAGUUGUGUUAGACAAUGGGGCGGGGACAGCUAAAGCGGGAUUUGCAACUGAUAAAGAACCAAGGAUUCUUCCAAAUUGUGUUACAAAAGCGAAGAAUGUGAGGACCAGGAUAUUUAUUGGAGAUCAAAUUGAUGAUUGCAAAGAUUUAUCGGGGCUCUACUAUCUUUUGCCAUUUCAAAAGGGUUACUUAGUGAACUGGGAUAUCGAACGACAGGUGUGGGACUUCAUCUUUGGAAAAGAUGCUCUGAAGGUGGAUUUCAAUGACACAAACAUCAUUGUAACGGAACCUUAUUUCAACUUCAGCUCAGUCCAGGAGGCCAUGAACGAAAUCUUCUUUGAGGAAUAUGCCUUCAAAUCUGUGCUAAAAACCACUUCUUCGUUCCUGAGUCAGUACAAAUAUGUGAAGGAGAAGAAUGCCCCGCCCCUUUGUAGUGUGGUGCUGGACACGGGCUACUCCUUCUCACACAUUGUGCCGUACUUCAGAGGCAAGAGGAUGUCAGAGUCAGUCAAAAGAGUAAAUGUUGGAGGCAAGGUGUUGACCAAUCAUCUGAAGGAAGUGAUAUCAUACAGACAGCUGAUGGUGAUGGAUGAAACGUAUGUCAUCAAUCAGGUGAAGGAGGAUGUCUGUUACGUGUCGACACAGUUCGCGAAAGAUAUGGACAUAGCCAAGAAGAGAGGGAAAGAGAACACGAUCGCACGGGACUAUGUUCUGCCAGAUUACACACACAUCAAGAGGGGCUAUGUCAGGCCCCUUGAGGAGACCACAGGGAAGGCGAAGGAUGGGGAACAGAUAAUUCGGAUGAACAAUGAGCGGUUCGCUGUGCCUGAGCUUCUCUUUCACCCAUCAGAUGUUGGGGUCCAGGAGAUGGGUGUGGCUGAGGCCCUGGUGUACGCAAUCAGCACUCUCCCACAAGAGAUGCGGCCUCACAUGUACUCUAACAUUGUACUAACCGGUGGAAACUGUUUGCUGCCAGGAUUCUCAGAGAGAUUUUACGCUGAUGUAAGAAGCAUGGCCCCAGAAGAUUAUGACAUCACCAUUAAAACGCCAAGCAAUCCUGUAACUCAUGCCUGGGAUGGAGGUUGCUUGCUGGCCAACACAGAGGACUAUAAGAAAAUGGCUGUCACCAGGGACCAAUAUGAAGAAUAUGGACAUAGUAUUUGUUCCGAAACUUUUGAUGUCUGAUGGAGGACACUUUCACUGUCGUUGGUAUAAUCUUGAUAUACGUGGCUGACAAGAGUUUAUUAGUGGACAAAUACCCACAUGAAUGCCAAUUCUUACAUCAAACUUUUCCAGUGACGUCCAACAUGUCAUAAUAUGUGUUCAUUAAUUCUUGAUUUCUCUUGAGUACGAGGUACAGUUGUGGAAAGUGUUGCAGGGAUCAUAGUGAAAUUUCUGGCAGGGAUCUAGUAAACAGACAAGUGGUGGAUGUCUGUGUUGUAUAGUGUUUAUUUUGUAGAUAAGCAAUUGUCUGAGUUUCAAAUUUGUACAUGAGAGUAAGAUCACGAUGAUAUUAUAUAGAAACACCAGUGUUGUAUUUUUAUCUCACCUUAAAUGGAGGCAGAUGAGCUUUUCGGAUAAAAACAUCUCUUUUUGUA